CUCGGCGGGGCCACACUGACCAUGCUCAGGAGCUUCUGUCUCCAGCUCAUGUCCUUGAUUUGGAUCCUCUUGGCCCAUCACCAGCUUGUGCAAGGGGAUGACUGCAGUGAGCGCUGCAAUCUCGCUCACGGCUGCUGCGACCAGGAUGGGAAGUGCAGGUGCGAUCCAGGCUGGGAGGGGGAGUACUGCGAGGAGUGCGUGCGUAUGCCGGGGUGUCUUCACGGGACGUGCCACCAGCCUUGGCAGUGCAUCUGUCACACCGGCUGGGCAGGCAAGUUCUGUGACAAAGACAUACACAUCUGUGAACACCAAUCCCCCUGCCAGAACGGGGCACAGUGCAUCUACGAUCGAGAUGGGGAGUAUUCCUGCUUGUGUCCAGAAGGUUUCCAUGGGAAGGACUGUGAGAUGAAGACAGGGCCAUGUGAGAAGGCAGGGUCUCCAUGCAAGAAUGGUGGGCAAUGUCAGGAUGAAAAUGGCUUUGCCAGUAACUUCACCUGCCGGUGUCUCGCUGGCUUUGUGGGGGCUCUCUGUGAGCACGAUGUCGACGACUGCCUGAUGCGCCCCUGUGCCAACGGGGCCACCUGCCAUGAUGGCGUCAACCGCUUCUCCUGCCAGUGCCAGGUGGGAUUUGAAGGGCGUUUCUGCACUAUCAACAUCAAUGACUGCGCCAGCCAGCCAUGCAAAAAUGGGGCAAAGUGCUAUGACCGCAUCAAUGACUAUGACUGCUUGUGUCCUGACCGUUUCACUGGCAAAACCUGUGAGAUCUCCGUCCCUGAGCCCACCUGGUCUCCUCCCUACCAGCCUGCAAACCAUGAGAAUUCUGGAGGUGUGAAAAGCACCACUAGUGAGACGCCAGGGGUGACACAGCCAGAGCCCAUCAGGACUGUGGUCACAGGGCGGCGUGUGGCCAACCACAGUGAGAAAGAGCCAGGGGGAGGGUUGUUGAAAAUCUCUGUGAAGGAGGUGGUGACCCAAAGGGACUCAGGGCUGAGUGAAGCCCAGCUGGUGACAGUGCUGGUGUUCGGGGUGCUGACAGCAGUGCUGGUCCUCAUCACUGUCCUGCUAAUGCUGAGGAACUGGCAGAGAAGCCGUCAAAGAUCAAACUGGUGCCAAAGCCCUUCUCAGGCUGCAAGAAAGCUCCAAGAUCAGGAGUGUCAGGUGGGCAUGCUCAACACCAUCUUGAUUGAGCCAAGGAAGACCACAGAGCUGUGAGCUGCGAGGACUCUGAACCAGGCCCUGGCAGGUCAUCAUGCUGGCAAACCCCUUGAACUGCACCCUGUGGAACCAUACCGGCACCGACCAGGCAGCGGGGAAAGGCUCCCAGGGCAGCAAGCAUGUCAACAUAACCCUGGGUGUUGAGCAUUGGUGUGAUGGCCCUGCCUGGAUCUGAGCUGUCUCCUGUCUGGCUGGCUCAGCUGGCACCCAUGGGCAUUGGAAGGCGGGGUUGUGUUGGGCCAGCCCUGCAGGAGAGCGAUGAUGCGCUGCUUGCGGCAGCCCGUGCCACGCAAGCACUGGUACCAUCUGACACGAGCACUCAGAAACAGGACAGGUAGUGCCGAGGAGGGCACAGCCCUCUUGCAAACCCAAAUACUGCCAGACCCUUUGUAAGUCCUCUCUGUGACUAUGGGAAGGGGCUUUAUCCUCAUUUCUGCUGGUGUUGGGAUGCUUCUUCCGGGGCCUUUGGGACAGUUGUGGCUGCAGGGAUCUCCCUGCCACAAUACUGUAUGGGGUAGUUCCUGGCUGUUUCUGGAGGCUGUCAUUUCAGAUGCCAUGUCCCUAGGGAGUGAGCAAACACCCUUGCUCCCUGGCCUUGUGGUUCUGUGAGCCAGUUCAAAGAGACUUCAAAAAUCA